AUCUUGGUUGUUGUUUGUUGGCUGUUGAUAAUUGUUUGGUAGUUUGCCAAAAAUCACCAUAAAUCAAUCAAUUUUUCCAUAUGGCAACAGCAAGAAUCGAUCCAAAUCAAUAAAAAAAUGCCGAAAAAAAUAUCAAAAAUAAUAUCGAAUGCAAAAAAUCGUCUUAGUUCACGAACAACAACAACACAAAAAUCACCACAAUCAUCAUCGACGACAUCAACAAAAUUAUGGGGAACAACAUCAAAAUCAUCGACAACAAUAUCAUCAUCAUCAUCAAAAUCAGUUUCAAUUAGAACUGGUUCAUUACGAUCAACAUGCGAUUCGGAUCGUUUAUUAUCAUCAACAUAUGACCAUCAUGAUGAUGAAGAUACUGGACAAAGACAACAACCACCAUCAAGUGAUUCAAUAUCAUUAGGAAUGUCAAGAAACACUGCACAGGAUGAUUUUGAAUCACCGGAUCUCGAUCUAUCAUCAUCAAGAAUUCGUAGUAAAAAAUUUUCAAUAAAAUCAAAUGAUGAACAACAACAACAACAACAACAACGACAAAACGAUAGUGAUGAACGACAAACAUCGAUUAAUAACGAUAGUGAUGGAAAUAAUGUUCGUAAAUCAUUAUUAAAUCGAUUAUUUUCAUUUGGUCAACAACAACAAACAAAUCAACAACAACAACAAUCAAGUUCUUCAGGUUAUAAUGAGCUUUAUGAUGAUCAUGAAAAGCAAUCCGAAUUUUCUCGACAACAUUGGUGGCAAUCAGAAUUUCUACUGGGUACUGAAACACAUGGCCCAGUUUUGUUUGGAACAUGGAACGGUGUUUUCGUAACAACUGUUGUACAUUUAUUUGGUGUAUUAAGUUUUUUACGUUUAGGUUGGCUAGUUGGUAAUGAAGGUGUACCAUUAUCAAUAGCCAUUGUAUUUGUUUGCCUGCUAUUCAAUACAAUAUCAUUAUUGGCGGCGAUUGGUAUUAUGGAACGUUGUGCAGCUGUACAGGCUGCACAAAAUGCCGGUCAUUUAACACCAUUUAAUCCUUUGACCAAUAAUGAUGGACAACAACAACAACAACGUUAUUUUGAUCCAGAAUAUACCCGGCAAACAGUUUCAGCACGUGCAAACAUACAUAUUUUAAUUGCAACUGUACUUGGUUCACGUAUUGGUGGUGCUAUAUCAUUAAUAUAUUUAAUUGGACAAUCAGUAUCAUGUGCAUUACAUGUUACAGGUUUUAGUGAAUCUUUUAUACAAUUAUUGGCUAUUUUUAUACGAAGACAAUUAUUAUCAUCAACAUCGAUAACAUCAUCAACGACUAAUGAUGAUAACAAUCAAUCAUUAUCAUCGAUAGUAUCGAAUAUAUCGAUUGUUGAUGAACAACAUCAACAAUCAUCAUUUGUACGCACAUUAGCUAAAUUAUUAUGUAUUGAUAUUAUUGAACAACAACAAAAACAUUUUGAUGUAACAAAACAAUCGACUAUUUCAACACCAUCAUCAUCAUCAAUAUUAAUUGAAACAUCAAAUAAUAUUCAAUUAAUAUUAAAUCCAGAAUCAUUUCAAAUUAUAUCAAUAUUAUUGAUUCUGAUUCUAUUCAUAAUUAAUAUUGUUGGUGUUCGUUGGCUAUUUCGAUUGCAAACAUUAUUAUUUUUAGCAUUAGUUGCUGCUGUUGGUGAUUUUUCUACCGGUAUUUUUCAUGAACAUGAUGAUUAUGGAUAUGGCCCGAUAAAAGCAAGUGAAAAAAAUUUCCUAGAAAAUUUAUCACCAAAUUUAUGGUCAAAAACAACAUUAUGGUUACAAUGGAGACAAUUAUUUGAAACUAUAGGAAUAUUUUUCCCUGCUACAAUUGGUGUUAUGGCUGGUGUUAAUAUGGGUUCGGAUUUGGAACGACCAACAAAAUCAAUACCAUCUGGUUCAUUAAUGGCAAUCAUAUCAAGUUUUGCCAUACAUAUUCUAUUUAUAUUUGGUUUAUCAUUAACAUGUGAACGUUUAGCAUUAUUAAAUGAUUUAUCAAUUGGCCAACAUAUAUCAGCUAUUGGCGUAUUUUAUGCAUUUGGUCUUUAUAUGUCAACAAUAUCAUCUGCGCUUGGUUCAAUGUAUACUGCACCAAGAAUAAUGCAAAAUUUAGCACAAGAAUUACAUUCAGUACCUAUUGUAAGAUGUUUUGCAAAGGGUAAUGGUCCAAAUAAUAUUCCAAUCAAUGCAUUAAUAUUAUUUGUAUUGAUUACAAUUGGUUUUAUUAUGAUUGGUGGUAUAAAUAUUCUGGCACCAAUUGUAACAAUACCAUAUUUAUUAACAUAUGCUGCAAUUGAAUAUGCAUAUUUUUCAAUGGCAAUGACAUUUGAUAUACAAAUACAAAGAGAAAAACGUUUUAUGCAAAUUUCAUCACAAUUAAAAACUUCGGAUUCUGAUACAAUGAUGGCUGAUGAUUUAAUUGAUCAUCAACAAAAACAACAACAAUCAUCAUCAAUGGAAAUUAACAUUGUUGAACAAUCGAAAAUAGGUGGCGCUGGUAGUGGACAAUUGCCAUCGUCAGCAUCAACAACGAUUAAACGUAACCAUCAUCAACCAUCUGAAGAUACAAUAUCAUUAACAACAUCGCUUUCAGGUUUCGGUGGUGGUGAUCAACCAUCAUCAUUACCACCACCAUUAUCACCAUCAUCUUCAUCAUUACAACAACAACAACAACAUUUAGCUGGUUAUGGUUCAAUACAAAGUAUAACGCAGCAUAUAAAAAUAAAACGACGACAAAGUACACAAAGUAGUGAUAGUGAUAUAAAUGAUGAUCCAAAUGGAUCGAUUAUCAAAUCAAACAAACAACAACAACAACAACCAAAAUCAACAACAACAAAAUCGACUAUUUCGACUGCUGCUACUGGAACCAAAGAAUCAAUGAUGAAAGAAAAAACCAAAACUAAAAAACCGAAAACAAUUCGUCAAUUAAUGGCUGCUGUUAGUAAUUCAGAUGAUGAAGAUGAUGAUGAUGAUGGCCAAGAUGAUGAUUCGGUUAUAGUUGAUUCUGGUGUUUCAACAACAACCAUCAAAAAUCAACGAUCAUUAAUAACAAAUAUUAAUGAAACGAUAAAUAUGGUUAAUAAUCAAGAUGGUGAUAAUGAAGAUGGUGAAGAUGGUCAACUGCAACGUCAAAAUGAUCAAUUUGAAUGUUUAUUAAUGCCAGAUCCAGAAUUAACAGAAAUUGCUUGUAAACAAGAAAUAUGGUAUCUACGUUUGAUGAAUCGUUGGAUUGUAUUGAUUGCAGCAAUAAUAAAAUUAUUAUUAAUGUUUAUAAUUGCAUGGCAUUAUGCAAUCAUUACAAUGAUAAUGUUUUCAUUAUUUAUUUGGAUUAUUGGUCAUACAAAUCCUGGGUUUUAUCCCGGUGUCUCGGAAUUUUCAUUUUACAAAUGGAUACGUUCGAUUUUUUUCCGUAUUAAAUCAUGGAAACCAUGUUCGAGCUAUAAAAACAUUUUGAAUAAUAAUUUAACGAACGAUCCAACUAAUGAAUCAAAUCUAAUUGCAUCAUAUUCAUAUGAUCGUAUUGUUUUACCCGAAACAGUUAUGCCUAAUUUUCAUUAUGAUACUGAUCAAUUAACUAAAAAUAAUAAUGAUUAUUCGGAUCGACCACAAUGUCAUUUUACAACAACAAUUAAUCCACAAUUAAAUUGAAUUACAAUUUGGGGAGGGAGAAAAAUGGAUAAUCUUCAUUCAUCAAAUCAGA